AUGGCCGUGACAAAAGAGGAGCUGGACACUAGCGGCGAAGGCGAUGUAAAGAUCGGAAUUUGCCUCUCCGAUGUCGAUAGUGCAAUGAAGAUGUUUUGGGCCGUUAAUGGGCCGGUUAUCCUCCCAUCGGAUCCGUAUGAUCGAGCCCAAGCUCGCUUUUGGGCCAAAUAUGUGGACGACAAGAUCCCUACUCCACUACGCGUCGUUAUCGGAUUACUUCCGGGGAAUAAGGAAGAUGCAAUACAAGAAAUGAAAACCACACUGCAGCAGUUGGAAAGUGCUUUUACGAAAUGCAGCAAAGGAAAAGCCUUCUUUGGCGGAGAUACGAUAGGAUAUUUGGACAUGGCCUUAGGAUGCUUCUUGAGCUGGUUCAAAGCAGUAGAGAUGAUGAACACUGGUGUAAACAUCCUCGACGAGGCGAAGACGCCUCUCUUGGCCGAAUGGGCGAACCGCUUCUACUCCGAUGAUGCGGUAAAGGAGGUGAUGCCCGAACCCGACGUGCUUGUCGAGCAUGUCAAAAAGAAUGUUGUUCAAGCCAAGGAGAAUUAAUGCUGGUACUUCUUAUUGAAGCAAUAUAUAUAUGAUGUUGCAGCAAAGAUUAUAUAAUAAUGGUUGGUGAUUGCCAUAGGAAUUUAGAUAAGGAAUAAAUUUGGGGAAUAAGUAAAAUGGAUAGGGAAAUGCUUGGCUUUUGUAACAUGAUGAAUUAAGCUACUUGGAUUAGAAUUUAUACUUAGUAGUUUGUGUAUUAAUUGUUCCCUUACUCU